AUGAUGACCAACGUCGGGACAUUAAUGUCGAGAUCAUAUACAGGCUCCCCAAAUUCCGUGGGCUGUCAAUUUCAGGCCUUCCUCAUCCAGAUGUUCAUGCCUGCCGACGCCUUCUGGACUCUCUCCAUGGCCAUUAACGUCUACCUAACAUUCUACUGCAAGUUUGAUGCUCGAAAGUUACGGAAGAUGGAGAUUCCUUAUCUGAUCGGCUGUUACGGUGUUCCUUUCGUCCCCGCCUUCAUUUACAUCUUUAUCAAAAAUAAGGAGGGACAACGAAUCUAUGGAAACGCCACACUUUGGUGCUGGGUUAGCCCAGAAUGGGAUAUCUGGCGCAUCAUCACUUUCUACGGCCCUGUUUGGCUUGUUAUUCUUAUCACCUUCUUCAUCUAUAUCCGCGCCGGCAGCACGAUCUACCGCAAGCGAAGAGAACUUGACGAUUUCAGCUCAACGGAUCGGGAUCUUACUUAUGGCGGUGGAGAUCAUAUCGGUACUAUCAAGACGACUGAAGUCUCGGUGACGACAGAGAUCCUGUCCCCAGAUGCCAUCCAUCUGCAGUCUAUGAGCCGUCAGGCGCCAGACCCCAGCAACCCCAGCUCUAAUGGGGUCUACUCAGUUCACAUCACAGCCCAAACCAGUUCUGGAGAUAUCGAAGAUGAAGUGAUUCCUAUCGAACAACAACAAACACGAGCCAGCAUCCAGGUCCCCUCACAGCAGCAACAGCGUUCUGUGGUCAAUCCGGCUCGAAGACGGAACCGUGAGCUGAACAACGCAGCAUGGCAAUACACCAAGUGCGCCCUACUCUUCUUCACAGCUAUUCUGAUUACAUGGGUCCCGUCAAGCUCCAACCGUGUUUACUCAGUUUUUCACCCCCAGAGCUCGUCCCGAGCUCUCGAGUUUAUGAGUGCUUUUGUGCUUCCUCUUCAGGGCUUUUGGAACGCACUUAUCUACAUGGUCACAUCCUGGAGUGCGUGCAAGAGUCUAAUGAGCGAUUUGCGCACAGGACGACGUCCGGAUGUGACAGAACUUGUUGGUGGCAUGGCGCCAGGUGUUGGUGCCAACCACUUGAGGACAGCAACCAACCAUCGCCACAACCUUGGUCAGUUCCGACGAUCGAAUAAGUUUGAGACAGAAAGCAUGACUGAAUUGGCCAACGAGAGCCGACCAACAUCGGACGACGAGCGACGAGAUCAUGUGCAUGUAUAA